AUGAGUCUAGGAACUUUUGUUAAUUACGAUGUUGUUAGACAGGAUACAGAUUCACGUGCUUGUUGGGUUGUGCGAAGAAUUGAAAAUCUUGGAUUGUUGUAUGAGGUAAUUGACGACCGUAUGGAUUCAUCGAAACUAUUGUUGAGUUUGUACGCUGUUGUUAAUAGAGUUUCAUUGGAUGCGCGUAACGCGUGGUUAUGGAACGAUAUAAUUGGACGUAUUUUUGUUCCUGCACAGCAGUUCAUUCAUGGCUUACGUGCUAUGACUUGCGUGAAAAUAGAAGUUGUAUGGACUGGCGCUUUUGAAGAUGUACCUUGGAGUGCGACUCGUGUUGAGGUUCAUGGUGAUGAUGCUGAAAUACGUACCCAAAAUGCUUCUUUACUUCGUACAGAUGAUAACUGGACGGUAUCAAAUUAUACUCCGAAUCAGUCUUCUUUUCAUGCAUUUAUGAAGCAUCCUAGCUAUGGCUGUGCAUUUAUUGCAUGGACGGAUAUAACUGAAGGAGAUACCCCUCCACGUCCGGAUACGAAGUGCAGAGCUACUGUAUUUUUUCAAUCGCGUAAUGGUAAACAUCCAUGGCGUGCUGUACUAGUAACACCUUUAGGCGCAGAUGGUCAACCAAUAUAUCAUCAUCCAUUAUUUAUACAUUCUGGAACGUUAACUCUACCUAAGAAACCGUUUAGG